CAAAUUAGUUCCUUAGUUCGCGUAGCCUAAUUCAAUGUCGAGAUCCCGUGGGAAAUAGCGCAGUUUCUUACUGGAAGAGACAGCUGGACAGUCUCGGUGCAGUGUUAAGUGCGAUAAGGAUUACACGGCUUUGAAAAUGCGGCACGUCCCGAUUAUCUAUAUUCUCGUGCUAGUGCUUUCGUUGACUCGAGCCGCGCAGGCCGAAGUGCAAAAGUCAAAAGUCAUAAAGCUGGAGGCGGUGGACUUGGGCGAAACCGAAAUUGAACCGAACCCCGAGCAACCCGACGUUCAGCGGAAACGAGACUCCGGAUACCCUUAUAACAAACCGAGUCGUAUCUCGUCGUAUCCUCGGGUACGAUUCCAGGCGAAUCAGCCUAGAGAUCAAAUCGCAUCUAGGAUCCCCGGUCAGUUAAGCAAACCGUUCACGAGAUACGGACUGCCAAAUCAUUCGACCGCCACAUACGGGUAUCGUGCUCAACAGCACCGAAACAAAUUACAGCAUCACGUCAGUCAACAACAGUCGAUCAGUUACGACGUCGGUCCGACGCAGCAGGAAGUGCCCAGCCCAAUCAGGAACGCCGACUUUGCGAAUGCAAAUUCGAUCGCCAGUCAGAAUAACGAGCCCUUCGGCAUACACACGGCCAACUAUCUGCCGCCGCAGAAUCAGAAACUGCCCGCUUACUCCUCGACGGAUAGUUUCACCCCGCAAUCGUAUUCACCGCCGAGCCCGUCGGGUCACGGACUAGUUCAAAGUACGAGAUCGCAGAGCCAGAAUCUCGUAGAGCACCAAAAUCAUCAAAUUUCCGAUGCCGCGCUGUUCCUCUCCCAAAACGCGCAGGCGAUUCAGCAACUUUACGGCGCGCCCGCGAGCAAUCAGGAUUUCGCACCUAGCUAUGAUCAAAUCCAAGAUACCGGCAAUCAGAUUCAUAACCCGAACGGCCAGUUCGGGCACGCAGAGGGUACGUCGCCGAGCCCUCAGGAAUUUGCCAGCGCGUUACCGCCGUACGCUUCGGGAACUCUGAAUCCGCAAGAGACUCUGGAGCAGAUCCAGUCUCUGGAGAAGGACCGGCUAAUCGUGCAGCUGCAACAAGCCCUAGCACAGGCCCAAAGCAGCCCGAGUGCCGAGACGGCGGGCAGGUACGCUCAGAAUCAAGCAAGUUUCAUUCAGAAUCAGCAGCUUCUUGCCUCUAUAAGCCAGCAAAUGAAAUCGCAUGUAUCUACGACGCCGCAGACCGUAGCUUUCGCUGGCGGAAACACAGCCUUUAGUCAGUCUCCUUUCCUGCCAGGGACCACGGUGAAUCCUCUGGACUUUCCCCUUAGUUACGGCGUUCCGACUACCGCGCAAACGCCGACUACGACAACGACGGUGCCCGCCGCUCCCACUCGACCUCCGCAAUCAUCCGGAGGCGACGGCACUACUCAAGUGACCUCCUCGCUGCCCGCUCCUAAUCAGCCCGGGUCACCCGUGGGAAUACCUAUUUACGGUGGGUUCGUGCCUACUUUCAUCACAGGGACCAACUUUGUUCCUAGUUACAGCAGCAGCGUUUUUACAUCUGGACCUGUCAGGCCUGCGCAACCCUCCGGCUCGUCGCUCACUCACUUCGGGAUACCCAUCCCGGAAUUGUCUCAGAAACCGACGACGGGACCGGCAGCUUCGAUCCCAACCACAACAACAGCAGUGUCAGGCUCUCCUAAUCAACCAGGGUUCGCUUUGGCUCCGGCGAUCACGCCAGUGGUCCUGCCUGUGCAGCCGAUACGACCCGUCGCUACUCCCUUGCAUCCGAUCGUCACUCCCUUGCAUCCUGUGUUACCGGCGAGUCCCGCACAAGUACACCCUGCGCAAGCCACCCCCGCCGUGACGUCGUCCGGCGUGCAGCACUCGUACGGUCUGCAGACCGCAUUGAUCAAUCCUGCCCUUUACAAACCGGUCAAAGCGGUUUAUCCGGUGUACUACUACUCCAAUCUCGCUUACCAGCUGCAGAGACCCGCUGUACCGAGCUACCCGUGGAGCUACGCGCCUUCGUACGCGCAAGCGAAACCGGCGCAAAUAUGGAAAUGAGGUGUUCCCGUUCUUCGCGAACGGACCGUGGGUCGCUCCGCGAUAUUCAGGCUGGCCGGUUUACCCGCGCGGAAAAGAGAGAGGGAGAGAUUGAAGAAGAAAGUACGACGGGAGGAGAGUUGCUAUCGCAGUCGCGUGAUUUUGAUGCGCUAAUGAUGCCGUAUCGCCUAUUAACCUUUCUCACGUAAAAGAUUUUAUUUUCUUCUUUCGUUAGAACAGUUUUGCGUCGGCUAAAAGAAUCAAGCUGCAAAUCAGAAUUUUCCACACAGAGUUCCGAUAAGUCCGCGUUGAUAGGAAUGUUUCGGUAUAUUGCCGUGACGAAACAAAAAUUUGCAUUUAUCAGUGAAGCAAUUGCGAUAAGAAUAUCGCCCAAGAAUUAUAAUCUUUUAGCGAAAUCCUGUUACACACGGAGAAAAUGUUUUAGUAAAAACUUUUGUGAUCUCUAUCAUAUAAAAUUAUGCCGGAAUAACGAAUAGAAAUGACUAUACAUUUGUUUCCAAAUGUUAUGCACUUUUGAUUUUUUAUUACAAAAUUAUUAUAUUGUUUACAUUGUAAUAUUUUUUAUAUUGCACAUGAGGUAGAUCGCCAAAGUUACUAUUCCUAUAGUAUUUAUAUAUUUUUACAGUAUAGUUCAGCUUUAUAAGAAAUAUUAGGAAAAAAAGUACAAAUUUAACAUAAUCGUUACUACAAUAUUUUCUACGUUAUAUGGUCUCAAGCAAAUUGUUCUAAAGCCAAAAGAAAAAUAUCCGAAAUUUCUAAAAAGUAAAUAUUCUUCAUUAGAAGAGAAAUAAUAUUGUGCUAUUAUUAGAAUUAUUAGAUUAAAAUAUAAUUCAAAUUUUGCUCUUUUAGUAAAAGUUUUUACUUAGCAUAUAGAAUUAUAAGAAAUAGCAUCUUACAAUUAGAAUUCUUUAAAGAAAAGUGAUCUUGUAGUUAUAAUGAGUGUUAUGUAGAUACGAAAAAUUAGUUCAAAUAUAUAUAUAUAUAUAUAUAUAUAUAUAUAUAUAGAGUGUCCUAGAAUCUUCUCCGCAGUUUUUG